UCUGAACUAUGGGAAAUAUGAGCCUGCAGAUGUGACCUGGAAGUGCAGUUGAGACGUCGUUUUUCGCCGAGCUGCUACAGGCCAAGCACAGAAUGGCUUCGACUGAGAAGCGCAAAGAGCUGGAAGAUUAUCUGAAAGGGCUGAACGUGGAGACUGUAUGCGAGGAACACCCUGAGGUCUUCACAGUUGAAGCUAUGAUGCCUUAUGUGCAACACCUUGCGGGGGCACACAGUAAGAACUUGUUUCUUAAAGACAAGAAGAAAAAAUGCUUGUGGUUAGUGACAAUCUUACACAAUAGACAGGUCAACUUGAAUGACCUAGCAAAGAAGCUGGGUGCCGGAAGUGGAAAUCUACGCUUUGCAGAUGAAGAGAUAAUGAUGGAAAAACUAAACGUUGGUCAAGGUUGUGUGACACCACUUGCUCUAUUUUAUGAUAAACAAGGGGAUGUAAAAUUUGUGUUGGAUUCAAACUUUGUGGAUGGAGGACAUGAAAGAAUCUAUUUUCAUCCGAUGACCAAUUCAGCCACUAUGGGUAUAAAGCCUGUGGAUUUCCUACAUUUUGUAAAGGAAACGGGUCAUGAACCCAUAAUUGUAAAUUUUGAUUAAAAUGUUAAAACAA